UAUAGUUUUUUUUUUUUUUUUUUCAAAAAAUUAUAUAUUUUAUUAUUAUUUUUUAGGGAAAAAUAUUUUCAUUCAGUAUAUAUAGUAUAGAUUUGAGUAUAUAUAAUAAAUAUAUAUAGAUAAGAAUAUUUUUGGCACUGGUUGGCUUCCCAUUCUCAGGAAUACUUGUUCUAAAUGGCUGACUCAGAACACUCUUCUUGUGAUGACAAUUUUGCUCACUCUCAAGCUGAAGAAGAAGAAGUGAUGAGUGAGGAAUCAAUUAGGCGUGAAGUAGUUGAGGUUGAAUUCUCUGAAGACGAGGAAUCACUUAUCAUCAGAAUGUUCAAUCUAAUUGGAGAAAGGUGGUCACUUAUUGCUGGAAGAAUUCCGGGAAGAACAGCAGAGGAAAUUGAGAAGUAUUGGGUAUCAAAGUACUCAAACCACUCAACUAAAACCAACAACAACAAUCAACAACUCACAGUUAAAUUAAACCCCACAUUGUAAUUUCACUAUUCUAGCUGUACUACUAGCGUCUUUUCAAUAAUAAUUUCAUGAUCUAAAAAACUAUUGCAUUGUCUUUAUAAUAAGGAUUUCAAUGUUUCAAUAAGAUGGUGGUUUGAUUUUCAUAUCACUUAUUCACA